UUAUGACGCCUCAUGUCAUGGAUUCCGGACAUUUCUUAUGAUUCAUAUGACUUGAUAACAUAUCUAUCGGUAGUAGACACGUAGUCGCCGAAGCUUGGGGAUGUUGCAAUAAUGAUGCUGUCGAUAUCCAGGAGGUUGGCGCUACGCCAAGAGCGCCGCAAUGUUGUACAACCGACAGGUUCUAUUCUGGCACCGAUCUUCUUUCAAUGUUUGUCCUUUCAUGCUAUCUGAAAACCGCCGAAUCGACUGCAGAGUACUAGAUAUGAUUACACACUUCCGUACGCACAGUCGAACCUGUGUGCUAUGUUUCGGACAUGUGGAUGAUGGCUGGUUUGUUCAAGAAGAUUACUUGACACUUCUGCCUCCGAAUAGCAGCUGUUCGAAUACGGCUUGCAGAAAGUGCAAAGGGGCACCUCUAACAUUCCUCGCUCACGAUCUUUGCGUAGGCAUCUUACAGAUACUGCGAGGCACUCAGCCUUGCGAGGUACGUAGCAAUGCCACAGCUAUCGAAGACCUGCGGACACCAAUUUGGGAUAUGGGAAGGGCACUGGCUCCAAUUGCACCUGGGCCGCCUGUGAUAUGGAGCCAGACGGAGGUCUUACAGUCUUCCUUCUGCUCUGCGACCAUUUCAAGAAUCUUGCGUGCAUGGCCACGUCAUGAUAAGGUCUGGGAGUUGCUAGACCGGCUUCGUGACCUGCCGCAGGAAAUUCUCCAGAUCAUCAUAUCCAACGUUAAAGAGGACUGUGCUUUACGGACUCUUUUCAUCCUUUUUGGAGACACUUUCAAUAUACUUGUGAAUCUCGAGUCUGACCAGGAUCGGGACUUCUCAGUGUCGAGUGAAGAUGAAAUCUUCGCGACUUCCAUUCGCAUUGGCAGCACGACAUACCUCACUGGGUUGUUCGAUGAAAAAGUCGAGGACUCGGUCUUGAUGAAGCCAGCUACCCUUCGAGGUGGGUUCCUCGUCGUCUGGCUUAACACUAUCGGAGUCACUCGCGUGGAGUUUCAUUCGUCCCUUGAUUCGCUCCCGGAUUGGAAAUCUGAUCGAGAAUGGUUGUAUGCCAUGGCCCUACCGCAUAGGAUACAAAUACAUUCAAAGGGCGUGUUUCUCAAACAGAUCACCGACAGUGCCGGAGGCCUGAACAGCAUUCGCUGGAACUCUUCAAAAGCGCUUCUUUAUCCAAGCCCCCAACUCCCGCGGCUACCCAGAAAUUACAAAAUAUAUCUUCAAUACGUACCACUACACGACACAACAACAGGCAUAUCCUUUGCUUUCAGGACCACUCAACUUCUCGCAAUCAUAAGUCACGGGGGUGCAACAGACCGGGCUGAGGACUAUUCAAAAGCUGAUGAAGAUGCGGCGUGGAUAUACUGUCCAUUACGAAAACCAGACGAAAAGAUCGUUGAACUAUGGUCCGUUCAGAGUGAAUCUCCAGGCGUUGCAAACAUAGCAUUCAUUCUUCGAACUGACAAGAAGCUACUCUGGAUCGGAGUUGCUUACGAAAAACACCCACGUGCCAAAGAGAGGGCACUUUUUGAACCAUUGUCGCGGCGUCCACUCCAUGGGCUCUAUUACAAUGUACGUGAUGAAACUGGUGCAAGGCAGGUAGUUGGUGCUACCAGCGAAGGCGUUGAUCAAGAAGGGGGCCUGCCAAUAUCUCAACCGGAUUUUCCAGCUCGCCGUACCGAGGGACAAGUUGAGCCAGUUAGUGCUUGGACUGAAAACUGGCAUUGGUUCUACUCAGAAGCUCCACUUUCGUCAGUUGAACGCGUUCGAACGUGCUCAUGGAACGACGAUUGCCAGGGUGUGCUUCUGCGAUACAAGGACCACGACGAGAUUUUGGGGCAAUACAGACUAGACAUGCUGGAGUCGGAGUGGAUCGAUAAUCCCCAGUGGGUUGUUGUUCGAACUUACGCAUGGGUCCAAGUUUACUUCUCACAAUACUACCCUACGGAUGUGGAUGUGGCCCAAGGUGAUUGUGUCUUUCCUAUGUCUGGCUUCAUGUGUUGGUGGUUCCGACUUGGGCAGAAUCCUCGUAUUUCUGUAGUCUCAUAGUAAGACUGAUAUGGACGACAAACGUGUGUGAGCACGAAGCAGUUUUCUUUCAUUUGAACUUCCAACUGUAUCACGGAAAACCAGGAAAGAAAGCAAUACCUACUACAUUGGACUCAAGCCCUGAAGGAAGAACGAAGAAGCGCCUAUUCAAUUUGCCCCUUCUUAUCAGUGAUUAUUUGGAGAACGUACUUUCCAUACCUCCAUAGUUGUUUCCUUGUCGAAUUUGA